GGCCUAGACAAAAACCAUUUUCUGUAAGCGUUAACGCCAACGGAAAAAUCUAAUUGUAUGGAGUUGACAUUUGCUAACCAGAAGUCACGUGAUUGCUGCUUAAAUGGUAGACAAAGUCAAUAUUCCUCUUGCGGAAAGGAACGUCGAAGUGAGCGUGACACGCUAACGACAAAAAUGUUCAUCAAAAUGGUAGACAUGAGCCACUUUUGACAAACGCCAAUGAUAUUUUGACGUUUCCGCAACACGAUAAAUUAGCGGGAGAUCGGACCCAGACGCUAACGCAUUACUUGCUCUGUGGCUAACGCUAUUAACGAGUAAACGGAUAUUUUUGUGUGUUUUUAAUCAAAAUUAAAUAGUGAAAAUGCAUAAUAUAAGAUUAUUAUGGGCUGCUAAUAUUGAAACAACAUUGCAAAGACGUCAAACAAGAAUAAAUCGACGUAAAAUGGUGCAAAUUGUGGAGAUGGAGGAAUUGGAGUUUAUUCAUCGUUUUAGGUUAGAUAAACAAAGUUUUUGGCGUCUUUGUGAUGAUCUUCGGUGUUUAACCUCAUUGAAAGGUACACAGGAAAUUAGUUUAGAAAUCAAGGUUUUGUGUACUCUUCGUUUUUUGGCUACGGGUUCAUAUCAACGCAUUGUUGGACUAACGCAGCAUUUGGUUCAAAGAACAGCUAGUAGGUGUAUUCGUCAAGUUGUUGAAGCAUUGAGCCAUCCGGCCAUUAUAAAUAAAUGGAUUCUGUUUCCGAGGUCGCAACAACAACGAGCCCAAAUAAGACUUGAGUUUCAGAGGCGGUUUAGACUCCUGGGUAUAGUUGGAUGCAUAGACUGUACCCAUGUGGCAAUAGUCAAGCCAUCAGAUGAUGAACACCUAUUUUUUAAUCGGAAAGGGUAUCAUUCAUUGAAUGUACAAAUGGUAUGCGACAGUAAUUUAAAAAUUACUAAUGUAAAUCCAAAGUUUGGCGGAGCUACCCAUGACUCUUUCAUAUGGGCAUCUAGCAGAAUGGAAACAUUUAUGAGAGAAUUGCACCAAAAUGGAGAACAAGUGUGGUUAUUAGGUGAUUCUGGAUAUCCUCAGCGGCCAUGGCUGAUGACUCCUAUAUUAAAUGCUAUUCCUGGCUCUGUUGAAGAUACAUAUACUCAGCGACAUGUACAAGCAAGGAAUUGUAUAGAAUGCUGUUUUGGAUUGCUCAAGUCACGUUGGAGGUGUUUAUUAACUUAUUAAGACACAGGACCUUGC